UAAUGGAUAGACCUACAACAGCAUCCAAUAGUUUACAUCUAGAUAGCAAUAUUCAAAGUCAUCGUUCACAUUCACACUCUCACGGCCGUUCUGCGACACGUGGAAAUCGUCAAGAGCCCGGUGUUGAUUUAAUAUGUAAAGUUAAAUAUACGAAUAAAUUGCCAGAUUUACCUUUUGAGCCAAAAUUUCUGCAAAGUCCAUUUGUUUCAUUAAAUCGUUUUGUAAAUUAUAAGCCUUCUACAUUAGAAAAAAACUUCAAAUACGAACUUUUGACAGAGCCAGAUUUGAAUGUUAAAAUUGACUUAAUUUCGACAACUUAUCAAUUAGAUGGGAUUGAUAAACCACAUUUACAUCCUAUUGAUGAACAAUUACUCGAGGAUGAGAGUAUUCAACAAUUAAAUACAAAACGAUCAAUUCAACACAGAAAAGUUGUCCCUUGGAUGCGUAAAACAGAAUAUAUCAGCACAGAAUUCAAUCGUUACGGUCUUGGCCAAACAGGAGUUGACCGUCCUGACACUAAAAUUGGUUAUGGAACGAAAAAUCGGUUAAAAGAUGAAACAAUCGAUUAUAAAGACCGCUCUUCACAAAUUGCAGCAAUUGAAAGAACAUUUGAACACGCAAAGAAACCAAUUAAACGACAUUAUUCACGUCCUGGUGUAACAGCAGUUGAAGAAAUUCCAAUUCUUCCAGACUUCGAUUUGUGGAAAUUUCCUUUUGCACAAGUUUUAUUCGAUGCUGAUCCUUUACCUUAUUGUAAAAAUCAUAGACAAGAGAAAUUGACUUUAUCAAUUCUUAGAGGAAUGGCUGAUUCUGAAGGUAAUCAAUUUGUCGGAUAUUUCUCUCCUUUUGAUGAAGCACUCGAACAACGACUAGCUGAUGAUAAAAAAGAAAUUGGGUCUUAUAAAGAAGAUUUCGAGUAUCAACACAAACUUGAAAGAGAAUAUAAUUGGUCUGUACAAAACAAGGCAACAAAAGGAUAUGAACAGGAAAAUUAUUUUAUGGUUCUACGUGGUUCUACUUUUUAUUAUAAUGAAUUGGAAACUCGAGUCAAAUUAGCAAGACGUGUUAAGGGAAGUAAUACUUCUACAUCAAAUAACACAAUACUUUCUGUUACAAAUCGAAUGUUGGACAGCAAGGAAUUGAGUCAAAUGAAUCAAAGAUCUAAUCUGCUUUAUGGUUUGCAAGAAGAAGAAGAGGAGGAAGAAGAAGCUGAAGAAAACGAAGAGAAGGAAGAAGAGGAGAAGGAUGAAGGGGUUGAAGAACACGGGGAGAAAGAUGAAGAAGAGCAAGAAGAAGCAGAAUCGGUAGCAGAUGCCGAGCCAACAACCCCUAAGGAGGUGGAAACUGACGAAGAAAAAUCCAACAAAGAGGAUGAUGAUAAUGAAAAUCACGAAGAGAUUGAGCAAAAUGAUAGGGAUGGAGAAGAGGAGGAGGGGGAAGAAGGGCAGCAAGUUGUUCAACAACCUGAGGUAGAGGAAGCGGAGGAAGUUGGUGCAACAACUGAGAGUUCUGAAGAAGAAUCUAGUACUUCAUCUGAUUCUUCUGAUAAAGAUGAUGAAUAA